AUGCAGUGUGAAGGGCUCCGUCGUCCUCUGCAGCGGAGGUACAGCGCCCUCGCAUACUCCCUGCGGCGCACGGAAGGGACGCGAGGGAAGAGGCAGCAUUCAGCGCUGCGGCUCCUGAAGAAGGCAUCACUUUCUCUCGACAAAGCGCAUUUUUAAAAUUAAAUUAUACCCUCCUCAGCACAUCUCUGAGUAUUUGUGACUUAUUGUAUGCUUUGCGCGUGCACUUGUGCCACAGCUUUGUGGUCUCAUUCGGUAGAAGAGCGGGCUUUUCUAAAUAAACAAAAUUAAUUAUAGCAUAAAAUAACAUUAAGCUAAACAG